AUGACAGGCGCAGUUCAUGUUCAUUACAGGGUUGAAGAACAGGAAACCGACGAUGCUGAGUUGAGUGAUGAGGCUGAUACUGGUGCAUUUGCUUUCCUUGCUCAGAAAGACGCUUCGGAAGAACUUUUCACGCAGUAUGUAGAGCAGGAAAGGGAAUCAUGGGACGUGUUUUGUCCUGGCUUCACUGAAAAAUUUAUGAGGAACAUUGUACCGCGGAUUCUGUCCGGAAUAAUUUUUCCGCCUCAGCUGAGGAAUGAGUUUACCGAAAAGGAAUUGGUGCGCAUGUGCAGUACAGCGGAAAUCCUGGCACGAGACGGACUUCUUUCACACAUCCAUGGGCUUGGUUACGCGGUGAACACAGAGAAAGCAAUUGCUACUAAACUGUGUGCUGUUCCUCAUGCAUUCGCGGAAAGAAAACUGUCGCAGGGCCAGAAACCAGAACAGGGAGUCUCAGGACGCUACCGCGCUUGCGCUGCAAUUGCAUUCCAAGAGGUACGUCGUCGCAUACUCUACCGAAAACCGAAUCAGGAGAUUGGACCACGUGGAGAUUCCCAGUGGUUCGCAUACACAGAUCCCACACUACAUACGAUGCUCAAUACCGAUGCUGUGCCGCAAGUGCCCGGAAAGUGA